AUGUACGAGCCUGUAUCGAAUUACGUGCUGGAGGAGCUGCGGGAGCAGAUACCGAAGAUCAGUGUUCGGGGCGAGCCGGAGAGCAUACUGCUGUCAUGUCUAUACCAGGAGCUGCUCUCGCGGGUCAUUGAGGAGUCCAAGCGUUUUGCAGACAGGGACAGCACCAAGCACAUCACAGCCGAGCACCUAGAUGAGGCGGUGGAGGCGUUGCUGGGAGAUGUAGACCGAGGCGCGGACGGGGCAUGGCCUUGA